ACUGCGGUCAGGUGACAUGGUUCUCUGACCUGCGUUGCUUCAGGGCCGGUUCGCGCGGGCGGGGCCGCGCUGGCCUCUGCAGCUCGCCCUUGGCCCCUAAUUCCCCCUCGCCGGUCCCCCAACCUAGAGCGACAACGGUCUUGGCGCGUCUCCCGGUGUCGGACUCUUCCCUACCCGGGUCGUAUCUUAGGAAUGUCCUAAUCGUGCCGGUGGGGAGAACUGCGCCCGACGCCCGGGAUUCUGAUCCAAGAACUGGAAGUCGACUGCCUGGAUACUUUGCUCCUGGGUCCGCCCGCCUCCUGUCGCCGCCUCUUCAAUUCCCCAGGACUGGCAGUGGGCUCGCCCGAGGAAAGCUGACUGCCCAGGCCUGCUGCUGACCUCCGGCAGAGCUGAGCCACAAUGUCCCCGGAAUCUAAAAAGCUUUUCAACAUCAUUAUUUUAGGGAUUGCCUUUAUGUUUAUGUUCACCGCCUUUCAAACUUGUGGAAAUGUGGCGCAAACUGUCAUCAGGAGCUUAAAUAGCACCGAUUUCCACGGCAGUGGAUAUACCAGCAUGGCAAUUAUUUACGGCGUGUUCUCCGCUUCGAACCUGAUCACGCCCUCGGUGGUGGCCGUCGUAGGACCUCAGCUCUCCAUGUUCGCCAGUGGGUUAUUUUACAGCAUGUACAUUGCCGUUUUUAUCCAGCCUUUCACGUGGUCCUUCUACACAGCUUCGGUUUUCAUCGGAAUUGCGGCUGCGGUACUUUGGACGGCACAAGGAAACUGCCUGACCAUAAAUUCAGAUGAGCACACCAUUGGGAGAAACAGCGGGAUUUUCUGGGCACUCCUACAGUCUAGCUUGUUCUUUGGAAAUCUCUACAUAUAUUUUGCUUGGCAAGGGAAAACUCAAAUAUCAGAGAGUGACCGGAGAACAGUGUUUAUUGCCCUGACAGUGAUUAGCCUCGUGGGGACUGUUCUUUUCUUCCUCAUUCGGAAACCAGAUUCUGAAAACAUCCUGGGAGAGGAUGAAUCUGCCGAUGACCAGGACCUGGAAGUCAAUGAGUCUGCCCAGAACAAUAUGACAAAGGCAGCAGAUGCAUUUAUUUUUACAGAAAAGUCUCUUAAGUUAUGUGUUACCAAGGAGAUGCUCCUUCUUGGCAUUACAACUGCUUAUACAGGUCUGGAAUUGACUUUCUUUUCUGGUGUGUAUGGAACCUGUAUCGGUGCAGUAAAUAAAUUUGGAACAGAAGAGAAGAGCCUCAUUGGACUUUCCGGCAUUUUCAUCGGCAUUGGAGAAAUUUUAGGUGGGAGCCUCUUUGGCUUGCUGAGUAAGAACAACCGUUUCGGGAGAAACCCGGUUGUGCUGCUGGGCAUUCUGGUGCAUUUUGUAGCUUUUUAUUUGAUAUUUCUCAACAUGCCUGGGGACGCCCCCAUCGCCCCCCUCGAGGGGACGGACAGCCCUGCUUACAUCACAUCCAGCAAAGAAGUGGCCAUCUUCUGCAGUUUCCUGUUGGGUCUUGGAGACAGCUGCUUCAACACGCAGCUGCUCAGUAUUUUGGGUUUUCUCUACUCUGAAGACAGUGCCCCCGCCUUUGCCGUCUUUAAGUUCGUCCAGUCCAUUUGUGCAGCCGUGGCAUUUUUCUACAGUAACUACCUUCUCCUUCCCUGGCAACUCCUGAUCAUGGUGAUCUUCGGGUUUUGUGGAACUGUGUCCUUCUUCGCCGUGGAGUGGGAAGCUGCUGCCAUUGUCGCCCGGGGCUCCGACUACGGAAGUAUCUGACCCAGGGAGCCAGCGACAGGAGGGAGGCCGCGCCCCUGCAGACUGCAGGCCGCAGGACGGAGCGCGGGAGGGGCUGCCGCCUUUGGCUUUCACUAGGCAGUGGAGGGCGCUCGGUGUGGCAGAAUGGAAGUGGACGGCCCGGUCUGCCGGAGUUGGUGUUCGCGUUUACAGACGUUCACUCUUUAAAACCAGUGGGAUGAGGGGGGCUUGUUCUGUCGAUUAUAAUUGUUCAAAGGUGUUGUUUUUUCAUUCAUCUGCCCCAAGUUCCGUAUAAUCAUGUUAUCGAAUGUAAAUGUUUUCCUCCUCCUCCUGUCUCCUUGAAUGAUCUUGCCUUGAUUCAGAAUCCUCGGCCAUGUGUCAUGUAGAGACUCUCACUGGGUAUCAAGUUAUGUGCUUCUAUGUAAUGAUAGGGAACAUCUGCCACCCCACGUGUGUGUGUGUGUGUGUGUGUGUGUGUGUGUGUGUGUGUGUGUGUGGAUGCCUCUGAAAUAAACUGGAGACGCUGAAAUGGAAUCUUCUCUGUGAAAGGAUUUGCACUUUCUUCCUCCUUAAAUGUUUUGUUUGAUAAGUUUUCUUACCCCGUAGUUCAUAGGAAUGAGUGGCUAGUUAACUAUUGUAAAAUGAGGCAAAAAUUGUAUUCAGUCUUAACAACAGGAAUCCAACAUUUGUGAAUGAACAGAAACACUAAAAUGCAUGCACGCGCAUGGCGCACACACACACACACUCUCUCUCUCUCUCUCUCUCUCUCUCUCUUACUAGAGGAGGAUUUUGCCAGCAGUUUUCCUAAAAGACACAAGGCAGGAAAAGGGAGCUCUGAGUGGGCCGGCCGGUCCACGCCCGUCUGGCGGUGCCGCGCCGCUCUCUGGGUAGGUGUUCGGGUGGAGACACUACCGUCCCUCCGUAAGAGCUUGCUGAAAACUUUUUAAAUUUACACACAAUUCAGAAACCAUAAAAUUCACCAUUUUAAAGUGUACAGUUUAGUGGUUUUUUUUUUUAAUAGUAUAUUCACAAGGUUGUUCACUACCACCACGAUCUCAUCCCACAACAUUCUCAUCCAUCGCCCCAGAAGGAGCCACAUGCAUGUCAGCAGUCAGCCCCCAGCCUCCGACCCGGCACUGCAACCCCUCAUCCACCUCCUUUUCUGAAUGAGUUUGCUGGUGCUGCCAUUGUACGUGAACGGGAGAGCUCACCUCUAAAUGGGAUUUCUUUGCAGUGCGAGUGAAGAAAUCUAUGGCAAAGUGCAUUAAGCCAAGAGGACAAACAAUACCUUGUUUUCCCUUUUUUUUCCAGUCCACUAGAAACUUAGAGAUUUUCUGGCUGGCCUACACAUCUGAGAAACCCCAGAGGGUGAUUUUCGACUUGCGGGUGAAGUGCAGGAGGCAGGCAGCCUGGGUGAGGCAGAGCCCUGGGGGGCCCGCUCAUGUGGGGCACCGCACUCUUGUUGCACCUGCUGAGUUCGGUUUUCUUCCCCGAGGUGGAGAGAAGCCCAGUUGGCGUAGUCAGCUCUCUGGGAACAAUUUGUGAACGCCAUUUCAGAAAGAAUUGAGUGCUUUUAUUAUUUUAUUAUCUAAGCCCAUUAUUGUUUACCCACAUGUGUUAGUUCUGAUCACCAUACAACAAAGUAACCUAAAACUUAGCUGCUGGAAGCAGCACACACUUGUCAUCUCAGACUUCCUGCGGGUCAGGAGUCUGGGUGUGCCCGAGCUAGGUCUGUCGCAAGGCUGUGGUCAGCGUUGGCUGGGGUCCCCCUGGGUGGCCCCGCUUGUCGGCCCACCCACGCGGUUGGCAGCAGGCAGUUCCUCACGUGCCCUUAGACCAAGAGUCUUCGUUCCUCAGGGCUGCGGGCUGCAGGCCACCCUCUGUUCCUCCCCACCUGGAGCCGUUUGUCCUCAGGGCAGCUCCGCACAUGGCAACUGUCUUCAAAGAAAGCAAGCAAGGGAAGACAGAGUGCUAGCCAGACAUAAGUCACCAUCUCAAAAGUGACACCCCAAACUCAUGGGACAGGACUGCACAAGGAGGUGAGUGCCAGGAGCCGGGGACCCUCGGGACCAUCUUACAAGGCUGGUUCCCAUUUGGGCCAGAGCUGGGGCCUCUGCGCCCACGUUGCUCAUGCUCCCCGGCUCUCAGGAAGGGGCUGGCGGCCUGUCACUGACCCUGAACGCUCUGGCCCAGGAAGCCCCUUAGGCGACUGGUAACAUGAAGCUCCUCUUUGAAAUUUCUAUUGUUCUUUGAGUUAAAAGUGAAAAGUGGCAGUGAAAUAAAGAGUAAUUUUUAUGCUGA